UCUGUCUUCCUUGCUCUUCACACCACAAAUACCUGGCGAGAAGAUUUGGAUUAAGACUAAUGAACUGGGAGUACAAUAAUCUCCGUUCACGGCGGAGGACCGCCUCAUUGUCUCGCUGUAUGAUUUUUGUUUGUGCGCCUUCGAAGGCUAAAGACGAUGUCUAUCCGGGGAUAUUUUGUCGCUUUUUCCAAAUGCACAAUUUUUCUCUCCCUGAGGAUUUUGUUUCUUGUACCUGCAGGGUUGCAGGUCCGCAGCCAAGGGGAUUCUCAGUCCUACAACAAAGUGAUGGACAAUAUCACAGUCCGACAAGGAGAGACGGUCUUUCUCAGGUGUGCACUUGGGGAUGUUGUCACACACACAGCAUGGCUUAAUCGGUCAAGUAUACUGUAUGCUGGAGAAGACAAGUGGUCGAUUGAUCCCAGAGUGAGUUUGGUGACUCUUAAUCAAGAGGAGUUCACCAUCAAGAUUGAAAAUGUGGACAUGACAGAUGAAGGACAGUAUGUGUGUGCAAUCCAGACAAGCAGUCGACCAAGAACCACCUCAGUUCACAUCCUCGUCCAAGUGCCACCAAAAAUCACCAACCUGUCAAGAGAUGUUGUGGUAAAUGAAGGCUCUAACAUCACCCUGAUGUGCCAAGCAAGUGGUAAACCAGAGCCUUCCAUCAGCUGGAAGCUCAUCUCCUCUUCAGGGGAUCUGGUGUCAGAUGAUGAAUACUUGGAAAUCCCAUCUAUAUCCAGACAGAAAGCAGGAACGUAUGAAUGCACAGCUGUCAAUGAUAUUGACACAGACGUGCAGACUGUAGACAUCACCGUCAACUAUGCUCCAGCUGUGUCAGAGGGCAGAGAUGUUGGAGUGACACUGGGCCAGAGAGGAGUGCUGGAGUGUGAGGCUGAUGCAGUGCCUGAGGCAGAUUUUGAAUGGUACAAAGAUAACAGAAGGAUCUUUAAUGACUUUGAUGGUAUGGAGAUUGUCAGUACUGGAUUAGGAUCAAAGCUGACCUUCUUUAAUGUGUCUGAUGGAGAUUAUGGCAACUACACCUGUGUUGCCAUCAACACACUUGGGAGUUCAAAUACAAGCUUCCUUCUGUUUGUGGUAAUUGAACCCACUAGCUCAACACUUUUGCAAGGAAACAGCAAAUUUACAGCAAAUAUAAGAAGUGAAUUCUAAAUACCUCAAAAUUAAACUGAAAGAGUCAAACACAAGGUUGCCCUGCGGCUGAAAACCUGGUAUUAUCAUAUUUUAAUGUGUAAUAAUUAUCCUUUCGUCUGGUUGUUGAAAGCAGAAUUGUAGUAUUUUUGUUCACACCAUUAUAGUGAUAUAUUUGCACUUGUGCUAUGCUAAUCUUUUUAAUUAUAUUUUUUCAAUUAUGUGUAGUUUUAAAUAUUUUUAAGAACGGGAAAUAUGAACUUGUAAUUAUUUGGGACAAACCCCUUACUUUCAUCUCUUUGUCAUUUUUUGUUCUUUACUCGUACUGGUUGUAUACAAAAAUGUUGUCAAGAUUAUUAUAAUUAUAAUUAUGUUAGACUUUAAUAUUUACAGAUGGAGGGAAUGUUAGCUACAUUUGUAUGGAGUGGACAUCUGACUUAAGUAAUGCAGACCUAUUAAUGCUAUUGAUAUUUGUUUAAUAUCAUACCAUGUAUACAUGCUCUAGAAAUUGUUCCUGUUUAUGUUCUAAACCAGCACUGGGGGGUUACAGAACAGUCGUUUUGAGUAGAUUAACACAAAAUAAACUCUUUCUGCAUGUAUUUAGACACAAAUGACCCAAAGACUAUAUUUCAUAAACUUCCUGUUUUUCAAAUCACCAAACAAAGACCCUGAUUUUUAAGUAUUGUCUUCUCAUUAACUUCAGAGUAAACUAGAGGUCUUCAUGGGUACAAAAAUGUCUGUCUGUGCAAAAAUGUACCACAGUGAAUUAAAGUGAAUUUGCUUAUUUAUUUUUUUAAUAUUGACCCAGAAAUAAUAUAGAAAUAACACCUGGGUUAAAAAAAGGUCAGAAAUAAAGACUAUAUGUAAAACGUGGCAUAACUGCAAAUGAGCAUUUAUGCCACUGUGACAUAAUUGCUCAUUUGCAGUCUUAAGAGUUCCUUUUUCAUUGACAACCUGAGGAAAUUAUUCACUACCAUACAAUAGUAAGUAGAAGCAUACAUUGUUUCAUCAUUAUCUGUAAAUUAAACUAUAAUGCACAAAGUGAAGAUCAUAUUAGACUGAAGCUGUAUUGAAAGUAGGAACUGAGACCAUAAACUUAUAAGAAAAAGGUUGAAUUAGCAAACAUUUUUGCAGUAAAGACUUUCAGACUUCUGUUGAUUUGGACUUUAUAAAUUAAGCAAUUAUUCUUAGCCUAUUAGAAUGAAAGCAGAUUUAAGGUACUUUUGCUGCCACUUCACGAUUUAGACUUAUAGGCUAAGACCCAUCUUUAGUAUUUUGUCCAUUAUCCAGUCCUAUAGAGAUCUACUGACAUCGGUAGACUCAUGAAGACCUUUAGAGUAAAUGUGUUGUCUUUUGACACGAGUAAAAUACAAAAUCAUUGAUACUCUUAAACCAAAAUGUACAGUAUAGGAGUCAGAUUGUGAGAUGUUGGUCAGAAGAUUUAAUAAUUUUAGACUUUACUGUAGAGUAUGCAAGCCAACUGCAAUAACUGAGACUGAUUAAAGGUCUCAGCAAAUAGGCCACAACAGUUCUUAUCACCUGAUAUAUAACUUGCAUUAACAGAAAAGACAGAAUAUAUGAGAAAACCUGAAAAUCAUAUGUUUCAAUAUGGACAAACAUCAGUGCAGGCAGAGUGUCACAGGCAGCAAACAAUCAGCAGACCUCCUUUACCAUAUUUCAUUGUGAGCAUGAGAAUUUUAUGCAACAAUCUGUAACCUCUCACAAAAUGACAGGAAGAAUUAAAGCUGGUAAUUUCUCUCUUUCAUGUCUCUCAGUUUGAAAAGAGAUUUGUACCAAUUGGCAGACUGUACUUAACAUGGGUAUGCUUUUUUGUUAUUUAGUGACAAUAACAAAAAAUGUACAUCUGGUGUUGAACUACUGGCUUUUGUAAUGAAAGGGAUUGUUUUAAGACAUUGUGCAUCCCUUGCAAAAUGCUGUUUGUUUUUACUGUCAGUUUCUAUCAGAGUUUUGCAAUUGAAGGUUUCCAUUAACACUGCAACAAACAAAAACAGUGAAUUAAAACAAAUUACUAUGUCUGUUUAAAAAUGGGAGAUGUUGCCUUUCUUAUCUUCUGAACGUUCAUCACACCUAAAAGCAAUGACCUCUGUUCUUUUAAUAUACAUUUUUUGCCCCCUUUCUCAGUCUUUUCCCUCUGGCUUGUGUGAGCACCACUGAGGCCCUAGUCCAUCAUCCACAUUCCCCUACCUCUAUCUUUCUUUUCUUUCUAUGGUUUUUGGGGAUAACAACCUUUUCACUCCUUGGUGUGAAAAGAAGAGCCAACAUCCAAAUCAGAGAGGCAUGAAACGGGUCGUUUUAGAAACUGAUCAGGAUAAUCACGACCUGAAUCUGACAGGCUAAUCAUUGUUUGUUUUCACAUAUCAGAGAGAGGGAGGGACAGAGCGAGACUGCAGAACAUUAUUUAUCUCUAGCACUCCAAGGUUUGGAAAUGACAUGGUAAUUAUUCCAUCCUGGGUUGAAAGAAGGCACUACCAAUCACACGUCUAUCCUGCACAGUCAUUUUAUGACAAGAUUCACCACAUUUAAGAUGGACUCACAUCAGAUCACCUCACAGGGAAGUUUUUGCAGUGAUCCAUUCAAUACUACCUAUAAGCAAAUGUUUAUCAUCUAGCCAGAUUUUUUAAUAGCGCAGCAAUAAACACCUGAAAGUCUUAUUUCGAUUUUCCAGUACAUUUGCCGCUGAGUACUUGCUCACACUUAGUAGCACAUGUACAGUUUGAUCACUAUCUCACAAGGUAAUCGAAACUGUGAAAAUUAAAAAUAUGACCUUAGAACUCUACAAAUUUUUUAUAUCAAAUACACCUGUUUAUGAACUUGUAGUAAGAUCUCUCACCAUGGAUAAAAUUUUGCAAAUUGCUUAACACUGAGCUAAGAAUGUGAUAAAAAUCUUGAUGCAUUCUUAAUCAUCCAGGUAAAA